AUGAGAGUUUAUCAAUGUCAUUUCUGCUCAUCGCCAGUAUAUCCACUUCAUGGAAUAACGUUUGUGCGUAACGAUGCCAAAGAGUUCAGAUUCUGUCGUUCUAAAUGCCAUAAGGCUUUCAAACAACGUCGUAAUCCUCGUAAAUUGAGAUGGACCAAAGCAUUCAGAAAAGCCGCUGGGAAAGAAUUGGUGGUUGAUUCUACUUUGACAUUUGCCGCUAGAAGGAAUGUUCCGGUUAGGUAUAAUAGAGAUCUUGUGGCUACUACAUUGAAGGGUAUGAGUAGGGUAGAAGAGAUUAGACAAAAGAGAGAACGUGCAUUCUACAAGAAUAGAAUGAAGGAUAAUAAAGAAAGAGAUUUCGCUUCGGAUAAGAAGUUGGUUGAAGAGAAUCCAGAGUUGUUGAGAUUGAGAGAAGUAGAAUUGAGAAGAAAAGCUGAGAAGCAAGCAGCCAAGGAGAACGCUAUGGAAGAGGAAGAAGUUGAUGUGGAAGAAGAGGGAGAGGAAGAUGAAGAGAUGGUUAGUGAAGAUGAAGAAAUGGAAAGUGAAAGUGAGAGUGAAAGCGAAAGUGAAAAAGAGUCUGAAAAGGUUAAACAAAAGGUAUUGUUGAAGAACAAGAGAAAGACAAGAAGAUGA